GGCUGUAACUGGGUGAGGGAAACUUCUGUCAUUCAGAUACUGGCCAUAUGACCCACAUGCAACCUGCAGUGCCCUGGCCUAUAAUUCAGCUACAACGGGAUCAAGAAAAAGGAAGAAAGAUGAUGGUGGAAUAUGUGAAUUUAGCUCUACAAGUGCGUGGUGAAGCGUUAUAAGGCUAUUUUUGCGUAGAAGACCAGGACAGUGUCUUCUUAUCCAGAGAUGGUGGACACGGAGAGCAGCGUGGUCCUUGCUGAGUUUUGGGCUGGGCACGUUGGACUUGGCAGAGAUGGACAACAAGAUGAAUAGUUUUGACAUGGAGACCCUGUCGAUGCUGGACUACCCUUAUCUCCCUUCUCUAGAGUACAACCACAACAGUUCCCAUCACCACAGCCACAACAGUUCCCAUCACCACAGCCACAACAGUUCCCAUCACCACAGCCACAACAGUUCCCAUCACCACAGCCACAACAGUUCCCAUCACCACAGCCACAACAGUUCCCAUCACCACAGCCACAACAGUUCCCAUCACCACAGCCACAACAGUUCCCAUCACCACAGCCCAGACAGAAGCCACUCAUGUAACCACAGCCCAGACAGAAGCCACUCAUUCAACCACAGCCCAGACAGAAGCCACUCUUUUAACCACAGCCCAGAUAGAAGCCAAUCAUUUAACCACAGCCCAGACAGAAACCACUCAAUCAACCACAGCCCAGACAGAAGCCAAUCAUUUAAUCACUCCAAUCCCCCUACUUACACAGACGCCAGCUCUCCGCUCAAUAUUGACUGUAGAGUGUGUGGGGACACGGCCUCAGGCUUCCACUAUGGGGUCCAUGCCUGUGAGGGCUGCAAGGGAUUCUUCCGCAGAACCGUGCGGUUAAAACUGGUGUAUGACCACUGUGAGCUGCACUGUCGGAUUCACAAAAAGAGCCGGAAUAAGUGCCAGUACUGUCGCUUUCAGAAAUGUCUGCUUGUGGGCAUGUCACACGACGCCAUCCGCUUCGGCCGGAUGCCCCAGGUGGAGAGAGAGAAGCUGCAGGCUGAGUUUAUGGAUGUGGACCCCAGGAACCCAGAGUCAGCGGACCUGAGAGCCCUGUCCAGACAGCUGUGCUUGUCCUACCACAGACACUUUCCCCUGACCAAGAGCAAGGCCAAGGCCAUCCUCUCUGGAAAGACCCACGGAAACUCACCGUUUGUCAUCCAUGACAUGAAGUCUCUGACGGCGGGUCAGUACUUUAUAAACUGUAGACAGCUCCCAGUACUGGAGCGCCAGAGGUCCGUCCUGCCCCCUGAGGAGCCUGCUGGGGAGCUGGAGCUCUCUGUCUUCCGCCGCAUCCAGAUCCGCUCCGCCGAGGCCGUACAAGAGGUUACAGAGUUCGCCAAGAGCAUCCCUGGGUUCACAGAGCUGGACAUGAACGACCAGGUGAUCCUGCUGAAGUACGGGGUCAUCGAGGUCAUGACGACCAUGCUGGCGCCGCUCAUGAACAAGGACGGCACACUGUUUGCCUAUGGACAGAUCUUCAUGACCCGAGAGUUCCUCAAGAGCCUGAGGAAGCCCUUCUGUGAGAUGAUGGAGCCCAAGUUUGAGUUUGCGGUAAAGUUCAACGUGCUGGAGCUGGACGAUAGUGAUAUGGCGCUCUUCUUCGCCGUCAUCAUCCUCAGUGGAGACCGUCCAGGCCUGGUGAACGUGAAGCCCAUUGAGGACCUCCAGGAGACAGUGCUGCAGGCCCUGGAGCUGCAGUUGAAGACCAUCCACCCAGGCUGCCCCCAGCUGUUCGCCAAGCUACUGCAGAAGAUGACCGACCUGCGGCAGCUGGUGCCCAACCACGUCCGCCUCAUCCACCUGCUCAAGAAGCAGGAGCUGGAGGUGUGUCUGCAUCCCCUACUGCAGGAGAUCAUGAGAGACCUGUACUAAAGUGGAGGGGGACUCAGUUUAACAGCUAUGAAGGAAUAGAAGACUGCUCACUGUGAUAUAUACAGUAGUACAGUAUUAUCCCAAUUGUGAUUACUGUAACAAUGUGUAGACCCUUAUAGAUCUUUAACUAGCCUGGUCCUAGACCUGUUUGUGCUUCGUCAACUCCUCUGUGGCUUGUACGUCGUAACAACAAUAGUCACUGAGACCAGGCUAUUCUUCGUCAGGUUCUCAAGGAAACCGAAUGUCUGACUUCAGAAGUGACCUCCGUAACAAAGACACGUUCUGCCGCUCCGCUGAACCCUCUGUUUGAUAUUCAGUAAGGGGAAAGAUUGGUUUCUUGGAAGGGUCUUUGAACUGUACUACACUGUGAAUGAUUCAUUACAGAGCUUCUCACUGUCUCGUUGUUGUUGCAGCUAUUCAGUCUUCUGCUGUGCUGAAGGGAGAAGUACUUUCAAUUGCAGGGCAUUCAUUGGAGCAUUUGACAAAUAGAAUAAAGCUUGGCUGAGGGUGUAAUAUAAUGUGAAAACAAUAUGUUAUCCUAAUACAUUUUUUGUUAAUGAUACACAUUUGUAAUAAUAACAAUAAUAACUUUAUUUGUGUAGCUUUAUAUCAUAAAAUAAUCCAAUCAAUGUACUAAAAAAGAAACAGACAGAAGGAAGUAGAAUGAAAACAAAUAUAGCUCAUUCAAAUAAUUUGUUAUGUACAGCAUAUCGAGUCUCCUUGUCUUUGAAUCAUUCUAUAGGGGUUAGAGAAAUGUGAAAACAUCUCGAGUUUCCAUUUCCUCAACACGACCCUCUCCAAACAUGUCAGUGUAUAAUGCAUCCAUCUUUUUGCCUAACAUAGUAUAUGACAUGUACUACCACGGACAUAUAUCCCGUGUUGUUUAUAAUGACCUGAAUAAGCAAUACGAAAAUCCUCUCUAGUAAGUACAUGCAAGUAUUGCUCAAUGUUGCCAUCUGCUGGUGAAUAUAUUGCACAUUCUGUUGCUUUAUGACGUUAUGCAAUGUCAUGAUAUUCCACUGUUGCUGACACAUGGUGAAAUGUUCCAGCUCUUAUGUUAGGGUGACUUGAAGGGCUUUAUGAUUAUUGCUAUACAUGGUGUAUUUGAUCUACAUUGAGAUAUGGCAUUAUUUAAAAUACUUCAGUUUAGUCAAAACAUCAUUGGGGAAAUGAUACAAUAGAGUGGUCCUUUGUAGCUCAGAUGGUCGAGCAUGGCGUUUGUAAUGCUAGGGUCGUGGGUUUGAUUCCAGGGAACACCCAUAAUGAAUAGGUAUGCAAGUUGCUUUGGAUAAAAGCAUCUGCUCAGUGACAUAUAUUACAAUGCUUCCGUGAACUAACAAUCUGCAUUACAGGAAGUAGACCUGCAGUACACACUUAUCUACUAUAAGUGUCUAUCUUUUGAAUGUAAAUGUAGAUGCCCCCCCCCCAAAAAAAACAGGAUUUUGUAUAUCCAACCAAUGCCUUGUAUAUCCAACCAAUGCCUUGUCUCUUUCUGUGUUCAGACACUGGUCAUGCAUUGAUAGACAGCUUUUGUUUUGAGUGAAUCCGGUCUUUAUAUGGUUCAUCCUUGAGCUGUAUUUGGUAUACACCCUACUGGGCUUGUCAUGAGUUACUGUCACCAUGCCCACGGCUGUAUUCUGUCUCGGUGGACACCUGUGCUCUGCAGAUUAGAUGCUGUGUCUCCUCCAGCAUGGCUCUGUGUACUGUGUCUGUGUGCACGUGUGUGUGUUUUUAAAGGGAUAUCUGCACAUGGGUUGCACACGGGCUUUGUUGUAUGUGCAAGGAGGAAUGACCUGUAUACUUGUGUUUGUAGAUAUUGAAUAACGUAGGCGACUUAAAGCCCCCUGGACCUUCUAUAGCACCCCCUGUGUGAGGAGGUUGAAUCUGCUGCAUGUGUACAAGCAAAGUAGGCAGCAACAUGAUCACAGCAUGCCGCCUUGUGGAGCUCUUGUCGCCAUAGGGCCAGAUUAGAGUUUGCUAUUUGUAUUCUAUUGCUCGUCUUAUUUUCAGCAGUCUCUGUGGCCUGUCAGAAAGCAGAAAUAGAACAGUUAAACAAACAGAUAGCAAAACUCCACAGAAAUAGAAGCCAAAGAGGCCAGCCAAUAAAGGCCUUGCGAUUCACAACUUUCGAUGACGCCAUGGCUAUUUUUCCCUUCCCUUUUUUGAGACAAAUGGUUCAGUAAGAUAUAAUAAAUCACAUUACUAAUUGCAAAAGCUAGCUAGCCGAAGCGAUGGUCAGGUAAGUAACGUUGGAGUCACACGGCUUUUACUUUGAAACUGCUAGUACACGUUUCCUAUGGCAGCCCUUACUAUGCCCACACCGUGUGUGCUCAUUCAUUCAAAUCUUGUGGGCGACAUAGAAAAAUUAAUUCACGUAAUCAAAAUUGAUUAUCCGUCUUUGUUGUUUAAGAUCAGAUAUUGAUUGAACAAACCGUACAUGGAUCCUAAAGCUUAUGCCCUGUCACAACCUAUGGAGCGAUUUCAGUGCCAACAUAAAUUGUAUUUUAAUUCCAUAAUUUCGAAUGUGUAUUUGGAUAUUGAAUUUUAAUUAAAUACUUUGAUGUACAAUAAUGUGUGAUGCACAAAUGUAGCCAUUCAAUUCAUAAAUUGAACUUUUCAUGAUUUUAAACGGAAUUGAAUAAACAUACAAAUCCAAUAUUUAUAUGUUGAGUUUCAAUAUGGUAAAUAUUGAAAUCAUUGUCUGUUUAUCAAGUUUAUCAAAAUGUAUAUAUUCAACUUCUCAGAUGCAUUCAGAUUCAGCUUCUCUAAAUUCAGAUUCCAAACAUCCUGGUACAUUACCAGCCAGGAAAUAUAGAGAACAGAUAGAAUCAAAUGCUCUCGUGUUAAACAGAAGCUUCUGGUGGGUUCUGAAGCCAAUGUGGCAUGUUGAAUUUCUCUCUUUCUAUGGUCUGAAUACUUAUGUAAAUAAGGUAUCUGUUUUUAUUUUUAAUAAACUUGCAAAAAAUCUUAAAA